AACUCGGAAUUCGCGAUCCUAGUUGUAGUGUAGUUCGAUUCGAGUGUGAGUGAGAGUAGUAGCAGAGCAGUUCGCCGUAGCCGUAGCGGAGAGCUCGGUUGUUGGAGCGCGAAUUAAUAAUAUAUACCCGGUUGAUACGCCGCGAGCCAACCAGUCCAACGCCGGUCGCGAAUGAAUCCACACAACUUGAAUUGAGCCAGCUUCAAUCGUCCUACUACUGAAAGUUGCCGCAGUGUACAACAAACGUCCUAGCAGCAGCAGAGGGAAGAAAGCAAGGCAUAAAUCUACUCAGUUUUUUGUCCGAGUUCAUAUAAGCAACAAAAAAAAAAGUUGACGCGACAGGAAGCCUUCUAAAAAUCAAGAAAAGAGUUGUUAAAGUUGGGAUUCAUAUAUUGUUUUAACUUGAAUCAAUUAUUGGUUUGAAAAAUAAGAGUUUUUCUGUGUUGUUGUAUGGUGUGAAGGUUAAGUUCGUAUAUGAAUAAUUAAUCAUAGUGAGCGACGACGGUUUUAUAACCCUUCCAUCGAUAGUGCAAGUGAAAAUUAUCAGUUCAAAAUGAAGGAUAUCAUCGCAUGUAGAAAUUUAAUCAAUAAGGAUACUAUCUAUAAGGACGUUGUUAUAAUUGGUAAUGGACCAAGCGGAAUAUCGUUAUCAUACAUGCUGGCAGGCAAUUGGCCAUAUUGGUCAUCCGAGCUAAUCCAGAAACAUCCGGACGAGCUGCUACGGGCCCGGCUCAACUAUUAUGACGCACACAAAAGUCUGGUGGAGCAUGACCUUUUCAGCCUUGCCGAUGGACUAGAGGGCCGCAGCACCAACCCAGUUUCACUGCUGCUGGAUAGUUUGCAGCAUCCCUGUGCGGACCUCGGCAUGGAGCUACCCUGCAUGGUGGAGUACAUGUAUCAUCCGGAGAAGGAGAUCGAUCAUCUCGUGCUAGGACGAGGCCCUCCCGGUGGUUCCUGGCAUCGCAUGGAUCCGAACUUGCGAACACUUUCUCUCGCAGCCUGGAUGUCCCUGCCUGGCCUAUCGUUUACCGAGUGGGAGAAGCGUCAUCCGCCAGUUGUUGACCCUUUCGAAUAUGCAGAGGACGAUUUGGCACCUUCUAUUAGCAGUAUCCAGUACCUGCCACCGACCGGAAAUGAGGAAGGUGUAAAAAUCCUCAAAUCAAACAAUCAAAAUGGUGCUAGCAUAAAUCGGAACAAGAAGAUACUUAUCGGUAGCAGUAGUGUUAGUUCUAAUCGUAAUUUUAACGCUCAAUGUGAUAGAUGCAUCGAGCUGAAUCGACAGCAGCAACCGCAGCGGCAAAAAGUGUCCUUAAUAUGCGCUCGGUGUCGCGCCAGCAACAACGGUGGUGGUGGUGGUGGUGGUGUGUUAUCGGAAAAUCAAAAUUCCGCCCGGCAGCAGACUAGCAUCGUCUACGAGGAGCGGAACGGGAAGGUCAAUGUUAAGCUUUGCCCACCGAGGCGAAAUCUGUCGCUGAAGAGGCAACUGUCGAAGGAGGUGGAAACGCGGGCGCUGAUUUCGCGUGUGGCACAGUACUACGAAAGUUACGUGAAGGAAAUGAAGCUGUCCAAGUACUUUAUGAACGACACGGUCGUAACGACCGUGCUGCCGCUGGAUCUGUCGGCGGUUGGCGGACCGGUGCCGGACCGUUUGCGCACCGGCAGGUGGAUCGUCUCCGGAUUCGAUCGUAAUUCCGGCAAGCGGUUCACCGCUGUCUGCCAAAACCUGGUGCUCGCUAACGGGGCCUCCGAUCUGGCCAACCGACUCGGGGUACGGGGCGAAGGAUUGGACAUGCCCUGGGUGAAGUACGAACUGCCCCAGCUGGAGCGAGAGCUGGAACAGUAUGACGAGGGUGCGAUGUCCCACCUGAAACCGGUUCUGAUCGUCGGGGCCGGACUGAGUGCAGCCGAUGCCGUAACGAUUUGUCGCUCCUCGGGCAUUCCGGUGGUGCAUGUGUACCGCAGUCGUACGGCCGGGCUGGAUAAGAUGCUGCCGGGAAAUGUUUAUCCCGAGUACCACGAGGUACACAAAAUGAUGAAGGAUUCGAACCGAAAGUACGAAUUGUACACACCGCUGCCUGAGCAUACUAUUGCGGACCUGUCGCAGGGACCGAAUGACUCGCAUCGAGUCACUGUACAGCAUUUGAAAACGGGAGAACGUCGGGAGAUCGAAGUUUCGUUUUGCGCCAUUUUGAUUGGAUCCCGUCCGGAUCUGCGGUUUAUAUCGGGAUUAGCUAAAGCCGGAUACACGGCACUGCAAAAUGGACACGAGAGCAGCUUCGCAAACAAUCGGCUUCACUCAUCCGCUCCAGUGAUGGAAGAUAGCGAUAACAGCCUUUGUGAAAACCGCUCCCUGCAGCCUGUGACAUUUUGGUCUAUCACGGAACAGUUGCUCACGUCCCGGUUCGGAAGGAAAUUGUUCUGGUUGAAGAAUAUCUGUGCUAAGUGUCGCCAUUUGAAUGUUUGUGACCGAAACCGAUACAAACACUACCAGCCUGCCGGAACAACUGGAACGAUUGAAGACAAAAACAUAUCCAAUUGCGGUCAUAAUCUGAGCUUGCUAGGCAAAAAUUGCGGAUGUAAAUUGCCAACUGCUCCAGCACCACCCGGUGACCAGCAAGCAACCGCAUCUGGAUUGGGAUUAGGAGAAAAUCCGAACAAACCAAUCGACUGCAAAAGUAACCCGAUCGAAGUGGACAAGUACAGCAACGCUGUACGGCGAACUCCCUACAAAGGACUAUACGCCAUGGGACCAUUGGUGGGCGACAAUUUUGUUCGCUUUAUUCCGGGUGGUGCUCUUAGCAUUACUUCGGCGCUGCACAAGCGAGCCGAAAACGACUGACGCGUUCCCGGCCGGGCGGUGCGUUUGUUUUUUGUCUGAGUCACGCUCGAGGGAAGGGUGGCCGAUCGCGAAUCCGAUUCAUAGCUUACAGUUGUACGAUUUUUGAUCGCGGUGCAGUCCGCGAACCGCGAAAGGACGAGAACAAAUAUUGUUCGAUGAAGCAGUGCUGAUUUUUUUUACGCUCAGAAUGCGUUGGUUUGGGAAGCGAACGUUACAGACAGCUUGGACUCGAACCAACGGCGUAACGCGACGUUAUCAUGCACAUUGAAAAUGUGUGGGAUUUUAUACAAGCGAAUAGGUUAGACUUUUUGUAGUUCUUUGUAGGUAAUAAUUUAUUUAUGGAUGUUCAUAGAGAUAAACAUUAUUUAUGUUAUUAAGUUUUCAAACUAAUAUCAUCCCUUGAAUGAAAAUAUUACUUCAUUUUAAUAACCAUUAUUUGUAUACUAGGUGUUACACCCCUAUCCACAUUCCUGCUUCUUUAAACGUAAAAAAAUGAAUUGUUAAAACUGCUCGGUGCCAGCCUUGUGAUAGUUUCUUUAUCUACUUGUAAGGAAACAAGUUUUUGAAACUGUAUUUUAAACACUUUUGGAUCAUAAAUUGUUAGGUAAAACAAGUAAAUUAAACUUGUUUACUUUGUUGGUUGAAAUGGCACCAUCACCAUUAGUAUAUAGAAGUAAAUUAAUUAUGUGUAUUGAACUUUUACCGUUGAUUUAAGAACUAUUUUUUUCCAAAAUGCUCAUGCGUUUUGGAUGCUCAUAAAAUAUCGACAAUUGAAACUGAAGUCUUUAUUUUCAGUCACUCUGUGUGGCAGACGAUUUUUUGGGAAAUUUAUUUAUCGGUCUUUAACUUGUCUUAUACAAUAUUUUCAAUUAUUCAUAGCAGCAGCGAUGCUUACGUGUAAUGGUAGAGCCUACCUGGAAACCAUUUAAUACCAUUCCCCUUUCAAAUCCGUUGUUUACAAGUUUACAGUGAGUGUCUUACUUUCAUUUGAAAAUAACUAGUCAAAAGAAUGAGUUUUACACACUCGGACACAGAGUGCAUAGCAAUAUUUGGAAAACAAAAUUGUACGAACCGAAAUUCUAAUUAUUAAAUUACUUACAAAAUGGGCAAUCAGAGCGAAUCAGAACUUAACCUUCGGUUUACAUUUGUGCAUUGUUCGUGAAGACACUUUCCCUUGUAUUUUAAGAGACUCGCCAAUUUUACUCUUACUCGUCAGUAUCUAGAUAACGUAUUACAGAAGCCGGACACUAGCGCGAUCGCGAUUUAAUUACUACCUAUAUUGGACAUCGUUCGAUUGCGGCUACGCAAAUUCAGCAUCGUAUAUAGCAUAACAUAUAAUAAGUGAAUUGAACUAUGAGAACGAACCGAAUAGAGACUGAUUUGUAUAAAUUGAGAUAGUUUAAGCUCUAAGUGUGUGAUGAAACUGAUAAGAAAAACCCAAUAUUUUAGUAAAACCCACUCGUAGGUAAAUUCAAAAUUCUCUGAAUGUUUAACUUUCUCUAUUUUCCAACUAAAAGUUAUCAAACUUUUUCCACCUGCCAUACGUGAAACACCUCGACAAACUGAGCUAGUGCCACAUCCAUAGUAACCUAGAGUAAUUCGAGUAAUAAUAUCCGCUCACUACCGUAGCGCAUAAUGCAUAUUCGUUAUUUGAACAUAGUGGUUUCGCAGUUUCACAAGUUUUACAAAUAGUUAGUAUUUACCGACAAUGUUGAACAGCACAGUUUGAUCGCACUGGAAAGUGACAAUUUGUUGAGUGGGAAUUUUCAAACAUUGAAAAAAAAAAACAUUGAGGCAAUUAAUUAAAACAAAACACAGGGUAGACUGAAAGUCGUUGUUUGCAGCUUUACUCUUAGUAGGAUUCAGCAGAGAGAUAAAAAAAUCAAAUAUCAAAAAUGAGAGAUUUUGUAUUUCGACACAGUCGUAAACUGUUUACAUUCGAUGCGAGGUUUUGUUCUUAUUUUUUAUUACGUUUCGGAAUAAACAAUGUUUG